AUGGAUUUUGAUAAUUUACUAAACCUAGAAGAACAGUAUUACCAAGAAGGUUUUCUGGAGGGCCAGAAUGAGAAUAUAAAGCAGAGCUUUCUAGAAGGUAAACAGUAUGGUUUACAAGUGGGAUUCCAAAGAUUUACGCUCCUGGGACAAAUGGAAGGUUUGUGUGAUGUUAUAGAAUCGUAUGGAUUGCAUAGUCCAACACUAGAAAAGAAUAUACAUACCAUUCGUACUUUAAUGAAAGGUUUGAAAAUGAAUAACGAUGAUGAAAGUGUGAUGGAAUUUGAGAGGGUGUUAAUAAAAUUGAAAAAUAAGUUUAGAACCAUUCUAAUAACUCUUCAUCGAUUAGUUAAAGAUAAAAGAACCCCCACCGUGACAUUUGAAGUCUUUGAAGACGUUUCAAGGGCCAUUGCCGGAGAAAUUAGAGGUUUUGUAGAAAAUGAAGACAUCGCAAAGAAUAAGACAAAACAAAAUCAGGCUCAAUCCUGGUAA